UCAUUUUUUGGGGGGUAUUUUUUAAUAUAUGUUUUUUUUACCCCUUCUCCCCAAAUCCGUGGUAUGCAACUGGUAGUCCACGUUGAAAUGACAUGUGUGCACAGUGGGAUGUGAGGAACAUGCUGUUGAGCAAGAUGGUUUGGAGAAAAAAGAACGGGGCGCGAGCGUGCGGUCGCGUGAUUUAAAAAAACAUUUAUAGGGAGAUUUUCUGAAGUCUGAACGUCUUCAAUUCUGCUAAACUGAGUUCUCGGGAUUAACAUGAUGAUGGUCGGUGAAGGAGGGGGAAUACGGUGGCGACCUCUUCGUUGUUUAAACUAGUCUAGCCUUUUCUCAACGGGCAAAUCUGAAAAAGGAGAGGAUAAGGUGAUGUGCCAUGUGAAUGACUGAGAACCACCAUGAAGCCCUCACACAAGCUGCUGUUCGUCCUGUGCCCCAUGCUGGUYGUGGGCUUCAUCUACUACUCCUCUGGGAAGCUACACCUGCACGUAUGGGGCCAGAAGCCACAGUUGGAAGCGGACAUUUCUCUCACCGUGGGACGAAUAGUAGGCCCAGUGUACGAUAAGCAGGGCUUUCUGCUGAAGCUGGAUGGACAGUUGCCGGCGGAGUUGGCGUACAAGUAUGGCAACCUCAGCGAAGGAGUUUGCAAGCCGGGCUACGCAGCGGCCAAGAUGACCGCCAUCUAUCCAAAUUCUUCUCACAGGUUCAUGAAGCCAGCUCCCAUGUUUCUCGACCGGAACUUCAAGCGGCUGGCCAAAGUCCGCAAUUACUUGCCUCCAUUUGGAUUCAAAACACAAGAAAGAAUCAUAGACAGUAUUCUAACUGCCACAAAGAACUAUGGCUUGGGUGAAGACCUUGACAGUCUUGGUUGUAAAAGAUGCAUUAUUGUGGGCAAUGGUGGUAUCCUGGCCAACAAGUCUUUGGGCUCGCGCAUAGAUGAUUACGACGUUGUGGUGAGGUUGAACGAGGCUCCUGUGACUGGUUUCGGCAAGGACGUGGGCACCAAGACCACCAUGCGCAUCACCUACCCCGAGGGGGCCAUUCAGAAGCCUGAGCGCUACGAAAAGGACUCGCUCUUCGUCUUCUCCGCCUUCAAACCGCUGGACUUCAAGUGGCUCAGACAAAUGGUCUUCAAAGAGAAACUGCGGGGUACAGAGGGCUUCUGGAAGUCUGUGGCACACUACGUCCCCAGGGAGCCCACAGAGAUGCGCAUCCUCAACCCCUACUUCAUCCAGGAGGCUGCCUUCCAGUUCAUCGGCCUGCCGCUCAAUAACGGCCUCAUGGGCAAAGGGAACAUUCCAACCCUGGGGACCGUCGCCAUAACAAUGGCGCUGCAUAACUGUGAUGAGGUGGUGGUGGCUGGCUUCGGUUAUGACAUGAACAUGCCUCACGCACCCUUGCACUACUACGAAACGGUCAAGAUGUCCGCCAUCAAAGAGUCCUGGACACACAACAUAUCCAAGGAGAAGGAGUUCCUCCGCAAGCUGGUGAAGGCCAACAUCAUCACGGACCUGACUAAUGGGAUCUGAGUCUGACCAUCCAAGAGGUUUGCCUUUUCCCAAAAGAACUACAGAACAGAGGAUGCUGGGAAUGAACCUGGGUGGUGGGGGGGAGAGGACCCUUAGAACCCAGACCCUGGUGGUCUGCACACUGCCUGAGUUUUUAUGUAGAGGAGAUUUAAGCGGAUUACUCGAUGGAAAGGCGCACAUAUGUGCCUUCUGACCCAGAGGCUCCUGUCUGACACAGCCAGGAGGGACGGGCAUGGAUCGAACGCCAGUGAGCGGACAAUCGGACAACCGCGUUUACCGUUUUGAAACCAGCGAGCAUCGAAUGAACACAUGAGUGGUAUGGAAGAGGAGGRCGGAAGGUCUGACAGACAGAUAUAGAGACUGACAGACUGCAGGAGAGAGACAGAGGGACAGAUAGUUACAGCAGUGCCAAAUGUACCUCGUUACAAAGGGGGGAGGAGAAUACCUCUCCCUCUACUGCCUGAAUGUAUUUACUUUAACAGUGUAAAUGUCAAAGAUUUUUACUAUGCUUUUUAACAAGCUCCAGCGACCUCCACCCCAUCCCCAGUUCUCUCAGUACUGUCUUUCCCGGCGAGCCUCCAUCCAGGCCUGGUGGGGAGAAACCUUUUUCAAACCUCUAUCUCCCCCUUCUCACUUCCAUAUCGGCAGSCGUUUUUGAGGCCACCGUGCAUUUUGAGAUUAGCAUUUCAGAUUUUAACAGGAAGUUUAAGUUGGAUUAUUUUAUUUUGGUUAAAUGUAUUUAUAAUUUAAGGCUGAUAGAGCACUAACUAUCUUUUCCUUCUAACAGUUCGCCUUAACGUGCUUCCUCAAUGAUUCACUGUGGUGUCAUAAAUUGUUGAGUGGAUGUCCUUCAAAUCCUAGUAUUUCUAAUAUGGCUCUUCACAAAAUCAGAACAAUUAUAUUUCCGGUCGAAAACGUUCUAAAUGCAGAUACCACAGGAGCUUGUUGAAUUGUGUUGUGAAUAUCAUUAUGUGAGCGGUGAGGCAGAGAGCCUAGGCCUAGGUUACCAGCCACGCAGCGAGAGAGUGGAGAUGGGAACUCUCUAUUAUUUGURUGGUGCUGAGAAACAUUCCUAAUUUGUCCACAUGCAGAGCUUAUGUUCCCUUCCGCCAUGAAACUAUAUGUUGCCAAGUUUAUUUUCCCUGACUCGUAGCACAUGUGAAAAUUGUUAACUAUUUUUAUUUCCCCUGUUAUGAUGGUUGAAUAUACACCAUCGUGGAAACAGUGAAAUCCCCGUUUUAGAGGCCACAACCCGGUAGAUGGAUACACAGUUAAAGGGCAAGCAGGUGUUUGUUUACGAUAAUUCUGUUUAUUAUCGGUUCAUUAUUACAUGAAUUAACCUUGCACAGGCUAUAUAAAGUUUAAACCUGUGUGGCUGGUAAAAGUUUGAGUAGCCCAUUUUUGCAGCCUUAUAGCCUAUUCGAUUUUGGGAAUUGUUUGUUUCAAUUCAAAACAAUAUUGAAUGUAAAGGUAUUGUUUUAUGUCGGCUAUAGGCUUUCAUUAGUUAAGAAGGCUAAUUGGAAGGCUCUUUUUAAAAGCGAUUUGAGUUGUCAAUGUGCUGCAUUGUGAAUUAUAAGAGAGGCUUAUUGUUCUUAAUUCAUGGUAUUCUUUUAUCCAUAUCUUGAAUAGACAUGCAGACAAAUUAAUAGAGGGAAGGGGAACACCUAUUACCCUCCUACUCUGGAGUCAUAAAAACAAUUGAAAUAUAUACUUUUUUUGGCGGGUCACGGAUCGGCUCUCUGAACAAUUCUAUGUGGUUGGUUCGGGUUGUGGAGAAAAAUCUGUCCUGAUGUCAAAUAUCGGUUGGAGCUCGGAAUUGAUGUGCCUGACCCUGGCAAGACUCUAGAUUGCAGUAAAUUAUCCACAGGAGUUGUAUUAUAAUAUCCUUUUGACUUGCAAUAUUAAACCCAGACUGGUAUUACAAUGUGAAAGCUUACUGGUCCCAAGUUUCUCAGCAAAAAACGCCAUUUUCUUUUGUUAGUUACAGUUCAGUAUUUAAGUGUUGCUCCGUGCAUAGCAGUGGUUCAGUAUUGACCAGAUAAGACCACGCUAUGGUUGCCUUUUCUGCCUCCCUCGCUGCUUCCCUCAACAUCAACAAAACUUAAGAAUGUCAAUUUUAAGAUUUGAAUAUUUAAAAAUGUACCGAAUGUAAUAAUACACUUUAUAUGUUGAAUUUUAUUCUGACAUGAUACGUUUUGUUUUGUUUGUACCAUUUUUGGGGUGACAUUUGAGUUGUUUUUUUGAAAGUCAGUCAUUUUCUGAGGCUUUUUUAAUUAAUAUUUAAAAAAAUGUUGUGCUUCCUGGAUUGGACAGGAAUUUAAACAGAAUUGACCCCAACCCUGUUUUUCCAGCCUGGUCACUAAGCAGAAUAUAACUAUUAAAACUGGAGACAACAAUGACAUCAUACAGGAAACCUCACCAUAUCACCCAUUGGUAGAGGUCUAUAUCAGUUAUCWCCUUGCCCUGAGCAAUCAAUCACUGGCAAGGUCGUUACACUUCAAAUCACAAGUGUUGCUGUUUCUUUUUAUAUUAUAUAUACAGUGCCUUCAGAAAGUAUUCAUUCUCCUUGACUUAUUCCACAUUCUGUUACAGCCUGAA